UAAGCCUUGAAGUGAUAGUCAGUCAGUGUUUACUAUUAAUACAAACCAAUCAAUUGAUUACUUAAUACUACAAUAAAUACAAUCAAUUGAAUACUUAUUGAUGUGUUUGAAGUAACCGAUGAAUGCAUUGUAUGUUAUAUACAGUAAACACUAAUUGAAAUCAUUAGUGAAAAUCAUAAAUAAAUUAUUAUCUUUGAGAGCAUCAUAUCAUUGAUCACAUAAUCAGUACAUCUUGUGUUGACUUUUGUGAAGAAUGCACGGGUAUCGGGAAAAUAAUGGUCAAAACAGACCAAAAGCAGACAACCAUUUCAUUACACCGACUGAAGGACAACAACUGAGGCGUCCGAAUAUAUCAACCGAUGAGUUGACCAAACAGUUUGCGAAUUCAGUAAAUAUGGGAUCAAAUAGUACUAAUCAUAACAGUAUUGGUGGUGCAGGAGAUCGUAUGCCUCAAUCCUCAACAUCUUUUAAGAGUCAACUCUCGCCAUUUGCUGUUGAGUUUGUGCCCCGAAUGAUAACCAAUCCAAUGCCGACACCUGUGCCUCGUGAAGAUCCGGAGGACUUCAUUGCAGUCACUUAUUUGAAAGAAUUCAUUGAUUUAAUCACAAUUAAACCAAACAAAUACGACAACCAAAUCACAUUCUUAACCGAUACUAUCAAUGCUUAUAUUGAUGAAGACACUGACGUUAUGUUAAUGUUGGUCAACACUAUCGUUGAUCAGUCCAUAACUGAGCCUCAAUUUCGCUAUAAUGGAGUUCGUCUUUGUAUACAUUUUAUGGAGAAUCUGUUGACAAUUAACGAUGACAUGAAUUUUAAGAAACAACUCUUCCAACGAUGUCAACGCGAGACUUCAUCUACAAGACUGAACACAUUACUGAACUCUUCAGAACAAUGUCAGAAGUAUGUCAGAGGGUUAACACUGUUUAUCGGAGACUUAUACUCACGAUCGAUGGCACCCGAACUGGCCGAUUAUGUGCCACAACUCUUACUAUUGCUUUUGUCGAAACCUCAUAAAGAAAACCUCAAAUGUGUUUGUCAAGUGCUUAAGUUGUGUGGAGCACUUCUAGAGGAACACUACAAACAAACAAAUGGUCAAGAAUUGAAUAAAGUGAUCGAAGAGAUGAAAGGUACUCUUGGCAACGAUGACAUCAGUGUUUACAUCAAAGAAUUGGUCACUAAUAUCAUAGAAAUGCAGAAAAGAGGGUGGACUGCAAACAUGCCUUCUGCAGCACCAAUUCAUAACCCAUACCUAAACAUGAAUUUUGUCGAACAGAACGCACCGCAAAACAAUUAUCACGAAGAAGACAAUUAUUCAGACUUUGAAGAAAAUUAUCAAACAAGGUAUGACUUCGGUCAGUGCGGCGAUGAAGACAACACCGAAAUUUGUGACGCUUUCGAUGAGUUUCUCAAGCAUUCGGGACAGAAUUAAAUGAAAUAAUUUUUACAAUUUUAUUUAAUUAAUUGCCUAUUAAUUAAAUUUCAUUAUAUUUACAAUAUAUUGUUUCAUUUUUGGUCAAUUAAAUAAAGGCCUUAAAGCCACGAUUUUAAUUUUUUA